GUUUUUCCUCUUCCACUGACAAUGACAGGCGGCAGCGCAGCAUCCCGCAUCACACAGAAGGAUGCUGGCGACCAUGUCUGAAAAAACACAUACACAAAUGGCUGACGAGGUGGAAACAGCGAUGUAGCUUUGAAGAUGCCAUUCUUUUUGCUCUCUCGUUUUCUUUUCUUUCUAUUUUUGUCCAGUUUUAAAGGGACAGCUGGCAAAUCGAUCCCUGAAAGGGAAGCUCUCGAGGUGCAGGUGAGGGUCCAGGUGUUUGACGGCGGUGAUCUUUCACCCCUGUCCAACGCUGCUAUUACGGUUCAUGGGAACCAGAGUGUGCUGGCACAAAGCAAAGCAGGCAGUGAUGGUGUACAGGUGGUCAGCUUUCUGUACCGCACAGGAACAUGGGUAAUCAUUACAGCAUCUCAGAGAGAUUACCUCACCAGCUCAGUGCCAUGGCACGCCAGCCGCGUACCCUUAUAUGCCUCUGUCAGUCUUUACCUGAUCGCCCAGAAGCCUGGCACACUGAUCCUAUAUGAUGAUGUCAUCCAGGUCUUUCACGGCUCCCCAAGUGGGCGGAGCCAGCCAUGGCUGCAAGUUCCAAGGCGGAGCCUACAGUUUAACUCCUCCUACACAGAACUGACCGCAGUAUUAACAACAGCCAGAGAGCAGAAUGAAAUCAACUCAUUCCCUUACCCACUCGCUCUGGAACCAAACAACACAGGAGGAGAGAAUGGCUGGACGGACCUGACAACGAUAGCAGCGGUCAGUGCACAACUGUUUGACCGCGAGGGUCGAGCGGUUGAGGUCACCGAGCCCGUUCACAUCUCCGUGCCUCUGCCUUCUGAUACUCGCAUACGAUCCGCAACCAGCAUUCCUGUAUGGAUGUACGACACCAAGACAGGACUAUGGGUACGAAAUGGAACAGGAUUUAUCACUCGAGAGGGAACACAGCUAACGUGGGACUUCACUGCCUCCCAGCUUGGCUACUGGAUCGCAGCCUUCCGUUCUUCAGCAGGCUCAGGUUUGUCUCACCCAGGCCUGAGGGACAUCACGGCCUACCACACCUUCUUCCUGCUGUCCAUCCUGGGAUCUCUGGCACUGCUGGUACUAGUCUUACUCUGUGUCCUACUCUACUACUGCAGACGAAAGUGUCUGAAGCCCCGACGGCAGCAGAAACAGGUUCAAGGUCCAUCUGGUUUGAACGGAUCCAAACGGGACCAAGGCACCUCCAUGUCCCACUUGAACCUCAUCUGUGGUGGCCAUGCUGAACCCGCUGCCUCCAAUGGCAACUUGGACGCCAACAAAUCCGAGGGAUCCCCAUCCCAUGCCUUCAAGAGUGCUCGGGAAGAGUUUACCAGAAACGUUCCUGCCCAUAAGCUUCGGCAUUCCUCUAAGACCAAGCAGUCCAAAGGUGCCCAAAGAAAUGCAGAGAGUUUCCCCAUGAAGGUGCAUCGAUCCACAGAUACAAGCAAUCUGGACAGCAAUCUUCUACACGAGGACUACGGACGCAACUACAGCCCCGGCGAGAAGGACGACUAUCGCCGGAGGCACGUUGUCAAUGAUAACCGUGGCUACACGUCUGAUCCGCCUUCUCCACCAAAUGUUGACAAGCCACCGGAGUACUCGCAGGUCUUGCAAGGGCCAGAUCACCUUGCUCGUCCAACGUCACUCAACACGCAACCAGGUCAGAUUAUAUUCUGCAGCUCAUUGGAUCAGAUGAAGGAGAAUAUGUACCGUUCUAUGGUACCAACUCUUGUGAUCCCGGCCCACUACAUGAGGCUCUCGUCAGAGUUCGGUGGCACAGAUCAGGGAAAGGAUGGAGCGAACCAGGCAGACAGAGACGGACAGAGUUCACAGGGAGCCAGCAGCGGGAUUCAAGGCCAAAACCACCAAGGCCAGACCCCUGGUUCAGGUCAUUCAGAAGCCCAACAAGGUGCAUCUCCAGCAGGCUCAGAUGAUAGUGUUUGGCCCUCAAGUGGAACACCAGGACCGGUUCACAUCCCUGUUUUGUUCAAUGACUCCACCAUUUCGCAGAUGAAUGGGGAGCUACAAGCCCUCACGGAGAAGAAGCUUCUGGAGCUGGGGGUAAAGCAACAUCCUCGUGCCUGGUUUAUAUCACUCGACGGCCGUGCCAACGCUCACGUACGCCACUCAUACAUAGAUGUAGGUGCUGAUCUCGGCCACGGAGGCACGCACAGCGGGAACCACAGCGCACAAAGCACAUUGAGCGCCCCUGCCGGGAGCAAUAAAGACCGAAACGGAGAUACAAGUCUUCACGAUACCCAACAUGACCGCAAAUCCGCGUCCGGUCGCAAGACCAAAGAGGAACACCACGGAAGGGGGCGCAAGGGCCACGGAGGAAACGGCGGUACAAGUGGCGGGAAACACUACUUUAAACCAACCUAUCAUGACCCUCUGGACCUCAGUGGAGGAGUGAGCCGCAUGGGGGCCAGUUCGCCACUGGAAAACCCUUUGACCCCUCUUUUGGAUGACGGUCCCGAGGAACCAAGGGGGUCUUCAAUGCCGAGAAGGGGUCGAAGCAGGGGUAACAGCUCACGUAGUAGCAACAGCGAAACGCAACGUGACUCUGUCACCAGCCCAGAAGAUGACAACGACCUUGACGAUAAAGAUGAGAACAAGAAAAGUCCCUGGCAGCGUAUUGAAGAGCGCCCACUUAUGGUGUUUAAUGCCAAGAAGUAGAGUGAGAAAAUCAAUCCCAGCAGCUGCCUUGACCAAUUAGACAAACUAAAGAUGUGUUCGAAUUGAUAAUGACUCGAAUUGAAA